AUGGCGAAACUCACUGACGAUGCCGGCGAAGCGUUUGGGAAUGUACCGCGUCCACGGUCCUACUCUGGAAAUGAUGUUGCAAUGAGAUGUAUUCACCCUAUUUCGUGUAAGGUUGAUGCAGUCCACGAGACAUCCUCCAGCCUUUCGGGCGAAGACGUCGAGUUAGAGCCGAACGGAACUUCUGUCUCUGGAGGCUCUUCGAGACGUGCGUUUCCUUCGUGCAUCAAUCAGCAAGUGAGGCCCUCCGAGUGCAAAUGGCACAGCAAGCUUUGGGCGCAGUUUCGACGACUAAUCACCGCGAGGAUGAGACCAAGUUGCGACAACGACGUCAACCCACUUCUAUACAUCGAAAGGAGACUGAGACCAUACCAGAGGCCACAACAUCUUGGUCUUCAUAUAUUCAUUAUUAAAUAUUGUUCACACGCCCUUCUUACUGGCGUUGCAAUUGAUGUUGAUGUUGCUGUUAAUUUUAAUGCUAAUCUCGAUGUUAACGCUGACGUUAAUGUCAAUGUUGCUGUCGCUGUUAAUGUUAUUGCUAACGUUGAUGUUGAUGUCGGUGUUAAGACUGAUUUUGCUGCCGAUGCUAAGGCUAAUCCUAAUGUUGAUGUCGAUGUUAAUGCUAAUGUUGCUAACAAUGCUAAUGUUGAUGUUGACGCUGGCGUUAAUGUCAAUGUUGAUGUCGCUGUUAAUGUUAAUGCUGACCUCGAUGUUGAUGUCGGUGUUAAGGACAAUCUUGCUGCCGAUGCUAACACUAAUGCUAAUGCUGAUGUUGAUGUCGAUGUUAAUGCUAAUGUCGAUAUUAACGCUGACGUUAAUGCCAAUGUUGCUGCUGAUGUUAACGCUAAUGUCAAUGCCAAUGCUGAUGUUGUUGUCGAUGUUAAUGCUAAUGUUGAUGAUGACGUUAAUGUCAAUAUUGCUGUCGCUUUUAAUGUUAGUGCUGAUGUCGAUGUUGAUGUUAAGGCCAAUCUUGCUGCCAAUGCGAACACUAACGCUAAUGCUCAUUUUGAUGUCGAUGCUAAUGCUAAUGUUGAUGUUGACACUGACGUCAAUGUCAAUGUUGCUGUUAAUGUUAAUGCUGACGUUGAUGUUGAUGUCAGUGUUAAUGUCACUGUUGCUGUCGCUGUUAAUGUUAAUGCUGACGUCGAUGUUGAUGUCGGUGUUAAGGCCAAUCUUGCUGCCGAUGCUAACACUAAUGCUAAUGCUGAUGUUAAUGUCGAUGCUAAUGCUAAUGUUGAUGUUGACGCUGGCGUUAAUGUCAAUGUUGAUUUCGCUGUUAAUGUUAAUGCUAACGUCGAUGUUGAUGUCGGGUGUUCGCCAGGGCGACACCGAUGCAACACACCUCGUGACGAUACACCCGGCCCCGCCUUGCUCCGCUACCAUCAUCUCCGAUGGUGGGAGUCGGCAGCGGCGUGGCGACGUGCCUCGGAGUGGACUGGCGCGGGCACUGACUGGCUGGCGGAUCGAUAUGUGAUGAAACCGACGCUCCUAGGCCCGACUGCUGAUUGGCUGCUGGUCGGCUCGUCACCGAUCCAACCUUCUUCCAUCUUGGUCUCUCUCUCUCUCCCUCUCGGUCUGUCUAUCGCCGCAGCCCACCUCACCACUCGCCUCGUCGGGCCUCGCAUGACCAUCCAGCCCCUUGAUCAAUCUGCGAGGGGCCCAAUCGACGAUGUACCCACACACGGCUUGAUACACACACCUCGCCCACUUUUCGCCUCGUCACGUGAAUUUCUCCCUCUCGUCGGUGGGCUAUCCGUGAGCCUGGCGCUAGUGUCUGCUCACCUUUUGGUGCAAGGGUAG